UAAGUGAGUUCAUUCACUCACACUACCAUAUAUAAUUAAUGUCUCACUCUGUCCAGUCAUAUUUGUAAGUCACUUCUCAAAAGGCAUUAACAAAAACAUUUUCUAUUGAUGAAUUAAGGCUUUUAUUAGUAUCAGUAUUCAAAUUUUCUUUAUUUAUCUCGUAUUUUACAGUUAAAAAUAGCUGAAUAGUCAUGUGAUCUAUUUCGCUUAUGUAUCAAUGAACAGACCAGACACAGCUUAAUGAAAUGGAGGCAUCUCCAAAAGACAACGAUGAUGUUAUUGAUCGUUACGGAUUUUUGGGAGGUGUACAGUUCUGUGAACCAGAUAGCAACAAACUUUCUGAUGAAUCUUUAAAAAAACUUCGCCUAAAAGAAAUAAAAUGGCAAACUAUGCUUACUGAGUGGGACAAGUGGAUGUCAUUUAAUGCGAAUAAAGUAAGAAAUCGAUGUCGAAAGGGUAUUCCACCAGCAAUACGUCCAAGAGCCUGGCAAUAUCUCUGUGGAAGUUAUCAUUUGUUUAGCCAGGAACAUGGAAAGUAUCAGAGACUUUUGGAAAUGUCAGGUGAUCCAAAAAUAAUUUCACAAAUCAAACUAGAUAUUGACAGACAAUUAUCUAAUCACAUUAUGUUUGGAUCGGACAAUACCAACGGAAAAGAAUCUCUAUACAAUGUUCUCAAAGCGUAUUCACAACUACAUCCUGAAAUCGGUUAUUGUCAAGCUCACGCACCAAUCGCUGCAGCCCUGCUUAUACAUAUGCCAGAAGAACAAGCAUUCUGGACAUUUGUCUGUUUGUGUGACCGAUACAUGGCUGAUUAUUUUAAAUCAGGUCUUGAGCGUGUUAAAAUUGAACUCAACAUGUUAUUUGCUUUAGUGAAGAAGUAUCAACCGGAGAUAUACAAACAUAUGGUGAAAUGCAAGACAGAACCAUUAUAUUUUGCUGUCGACUGGUUCAUGUGCUUGUACACGCGUAAUCUACCAUGGUCUACAGUUCUUCGUAUAUGGGAUAUGUUUUUCUUUGAAGGUGUAAAAGUUAUUUUUCGUAUAGCAUUAACUAUAUUUGAACUUUUACUUGGAGAUUCACAAUCAAGGGGUAAAUUGAAUUCAUUAGAUAAAUUAAUGGAAAGUCUGCGUAGAUUGCCACAAAAUAUAAUCAGUGAAGAGGUGUUAAUCAAGCAUGUAAGUAACUGAUUCAUCUACUUUUAUAUUCA